ACAGUCUCAUUCCAUGAGAUCGAGAUUUGAGUUGUUCUUUUUGAAAGUGUCCUUUCGACUUUUCGAAGUCGUUGAAACUACUACUCUCUGCUACAGUAACAGGAGCCCUUGUAGUUCAGCCAUCGUAUUUUUAGAUUUUCCUAAGAAGUACAAUCAUUAUCUUCCUUCAACUCAGCUGUCGGAUGUUCCGCAGGUCUUUUUUUUAAAUAAUUGUUUUCUGUUUGAGUGCAUUGUAGUACUGAAUUCGAAAAUUGGCUAAUAGCUCGGUGACCAUCAACAGAGCACUAUGUCGUUUUCGUAGAGGGCGGUGCCGGCGUUAAUUUCGGAGGAGAAUUUUCACUUCAUUUCUAUCGUGGGAACUGGAAAACGAAAGUCAUGCUGACCGAUCUCGAGGCAGUUGCCUGCUUCUCGCCGGAACAGAACUCUCCAGCCGAGGUUGUUCAUCAUGCAACUGCUGUCCUAUUUGGGCUACCUUCUUUACGCCAGGCUGCGCUGGCACAACUGGCCGUGUCCAUUGGAAAAGCGGUUACAGCCGAGCUGAAGCCAGAGCACACGGACCGAGACGCACAGGCAGAGCUUGUGGCGUCGAUUCAGGCUGCCUGCGAGACCAUUCUCAAGCAGCUGGACUCUAACAUGUCCACGUGGGCCGGGAUUUUGUUUGAGUGGUCUCUGUGUGUCCUUGGCGAGGUAUCCUACAAUCAUCCAGGUAGCAAUGACGAGACCGGUAACAUGGUGUCUGAUCGCAUUGCUCACUGGCGGUCCUGCUCGCCCACUGCUCCUGUACUGGAUGUUGCCGUGCGCAGCAUGUCGCAAAGAAUGAAGCAGGACCCAGUGGCGUGUGUUCACGAUCUAGUCAUGGCUGUCCGGGCACUUUCGCCUCAUCUCGACUGGAUGCUAGCUCUUGCAGCGGGAAUGUUCUCGUCCUCGCUCGUGCCCGCCCUGUUGCGUAGCGGCCUGCGUGAUUUCCACGCCGAGCUACCCGCGUCGUCGUCGUCCAGCACUGGUGGCGGGCAUGACCUGCGUGUUCUGCAGCCAGCGAGAGGUUCCAACUCACGCAGUGUGUCGCCCGUCAUGUCUCUGGCCAAUGACAGUGUUUCCACGGCAGUUAUUCAGAUCCUGACCUACCUGCUCGGACAGCAUGCCAGUGAAGUGAGGAGCGCCGUGGUGGACUUCUUCAAGGCUAGCCUUAUACCAUCGCCUGGCAGAGAAGAGCAGCAGAUGCUCACCGUGCCGUACCUGCUUCACCUGGCGUCUGAGUGUCCGCAGCUUCUGCACUUGGUCCUCAGCGACGUCAUUGCUUGCUUGUCACCAGAUGUGGUCAAGGUUAUGUAUGAACAGUACAUAACGCGCUCAACCAAGUGGCCACAACUGAAGGAAGCAGAGAACAUUCAUAGUCUGCUGAAGCAGCUGCGCUCCAGCCUCGAGCCCACUCUUCUAUUCUUGUUCCAGCUGGUAACGCCGAAUGAGCUAGUUGUAGACAUUCUGCCGCCAGUCGCCCAGCAAGCGCUUUAUCAGUUCCUGGAACACUUCAUCGCUAACCUUCAGUACAGUGUGACAAAGCAGAUUGCCUGGCGUGGAUCCAGCAGCACUGGUGACGACAUUCCUGCUAUUCUGCUCACCCUGCGCUCUGCUGACCAGUUCCUGUUGAAGCGAGUGCUGCCAGAAGACCCUUCCAUGCGGUCCUGCACACUAUCCUAUCAUCUGCUGCGCUUGACUGGACUCUGCGCGGGAGAGACUUGGUGUGCCAAUCUGCUCGCGUCCAUUCUCCUGAUGCCACCGUCGCAUAGGAACCACUCUCUCUUUGUUGAUCUGCACAAGCAUUUCAGCUGCAUAUUCAUGUUGGUGUUGGAUACGUGCCUGGAACGCCUGUUUGCUCACGGGUCAUUCGUGGCGUCCCCGACCGGUGCUUCGGCGGUGCCGGCGUCAUCAGAUAAGAGAGCGUUGGCCAUGAUGAAUUUGAAUGAGCUCUGUCAACACGAAACCGAGAAAACGUUUGCACCAAGGUGUUCCAUGAAUCUUGCACAGCUGUUAUCGACGCAUACCGUCCGUCUGUGUAACCUUAUUCAAUCGUCGUCGUCUCGGUCGUCAGCUGAUCCUGCCGCAAGUCACCUGUCCAGCGCCUGCCUUGCCAUUCUGCAGCAACUACCCAGCCUGUGCGCCAUACCGCCCUCACAGCCCUCCAUGGCCGACUCAGUGGCGUGUGCGCGUGCCAUUGUCUCGUGCUAUGGGCGCCUGUGCACAAGUGAACAGCAUGGGCGACAACAACCGUGCUCCUCUUCUGGCGAGAGUAGUGAUCAUUGCGCACAGUCAAUGUCUCAGCAGUCCCAUGCCUAUCGCCAGGUCAUGGCACGUCUGGCUCGCCACCACAUCGGCAUGCAGCCGUUCCUGCAGCGUCUGCUUAUCGAGGCCAGCGCAACUAUAGAGUGUGUAAGUGCAUCUUCAUCGCAGCGCAAGUACAGUUGUCGUGAAACGCACGCUGCAGCCAGUAAUUCAGAGAAUGGCAAUCGUGUUUCCUUGUUGGAUGCUAGCUACCGCCAUUGCUCCACCGCCGCACUAGCGCCGGGUGCUGGUGCUGCGGCGAGCGUGAAAGCUAAACUAACCGACCGCCGCUCGCGACACUCCACCGAUUCCAACCAGUCUCAACGAUCCGACGACGCAGCGGAGUUUAGCUCGGACUACGUCCGAGCCAUCGAUCACUUCACGCACGCGCUGACGGUCGUUUGCGAUGUCUCAUCUCCGAGUUCGGCGACCGCGAACUCCACACCGCUCCCGUCUGGCCUGCCGUCACUCGCCAGCAUUCUCUUUGAGAUGGUGUCGGAAGAAAGCGGUGUGCUUGUUCAAAUGACCGGAUCCGCACUGUGGCCUGAGGAAGACUUUCUAAAGUACACACAGAGAAGUGACAUGACGGUGCUCCGUUGCUUUGAAUCCCAUCGCCUCAUGUGGCAGGCACUAUCUCUGCUUCACAACGAUCCUGCAGCAUACAUGACGGUGUGUCCUCUAGUUCGGAGCUUGCUAGCCACACAGCUGAUCUUCUGGCAGCGCUGGAAGCAGUUGAAGAUGGCCGAAUGCAUGCAGGAGCUGCGGAUAACCUGCGACACACUAUCUACGUUGGCUAAGGCUAACUGGGUUCCCAAGCAGUUGCUUCACGGUGCUAGUAUUCUUCCACUUAUCUCGCCGGCGGACGUUCAUUCGAUUGUCUCCGCGACGUGGACGUAUCUUCGGGCCACUUGGGACUCCAGACAGGCAGCUGACCAAAGCAGUACGGUUGCGCACCUGAAGACGCUCACCGCUACGCUGACCGGCAUUGCUGCUGACAACAUGGACAAAGUCGGUCACUUCUACCACCUGCUCAGCUGACCGCGGUUUCACCAUUGACCCGUGUUUGUGUCCGUGUUCCACUGCUACUGCUACCGCUACUGCUACUGUUGCUACUGCUUUCGUGUGUUUCUUUGCCCACCGUUUCUAUCAGCUUUACUCCGCCGUAUUGAAACAAGUCUCCACAGUCCUUGUCAACAUUGCGUGUCGUGUGAAGCGACAUUUUUAACGCUUGUUUCAAUAGAUGGCGAAUACCCUUUCUGGGUGCUGUCACUUGUACCGGGUAGUUGAAGUUAAUUUUAUUGAUGUUCUGUAAUCUCCGCGGUCACUCUCUAUCCCCGUACAUUGUUCCCCCCCCCCUGCUAUCUUUGAUGUCUGAUCGUUGAAGAUGUGCCACCCCGUCAGUUACCGGAUCGAAGUGUGUUCUAGCAAACCGGGGCCCUGGGAGUCCAUCAUGUGUCACUGAGUCGGUGUGCCUGGGGUGAACUGUUACCUACUUCAUAGCAUUGAUGCGUUUGCACUAUGCUAUUGUCACCA